UGCUGCAUACCAUAGACCUGCACUGUACGGGGAAGCGACAUUUCGUCCAUGUUCUGAAUGGUUUGUGAGGGAUUUUUGUCUUGAGAUCGCCCAGACUGGAAAGCUGAAAUAAUGGCAACAGGUUACAGACGAUUUGAAAAUGAUGAGGCCAACUUCGGCACGGCAGUGUCUAACCAAACCUCUUACCCACCAUCCCAGCAAUUCAAUGCCCCGCCCCCUCCAGCUAACGGACCUUAUGCACCGUCCUAUCCCAGCGCUUGUCUUCCAAUGGGGCAAGUAAAUGGCCCGCCCCCUCCUUAUUUCGUCGGUCCUCAAGGUGGCACACCGGUCAUUUGCUCCCAGCCUGGGCCUUUGUACGUGGCUGUGGCGCCCACACAAACAGUGGUACACGUCACCCCGGUCCACAUCAGGAAUUACAUGGGGUUAGCGUUCAUUGCACUGAAGUGCUUCUUCCCAGUGGGGAUUGCAGCCAUGGUCAUGUCUUGUAUGGUGCGCCAGCGUUAUGAAGCUGGAGACAUCGAAGGCGCACAGUGUGCCUCCAAAAGUGUCCUGAUUCUCUCCUUGAUCAGUGUUGUGUGUGGCAUAGUAACGGCUCUUAUUUUGGUGCUCAUUUUCACCGCCCGCUAGUAACAAAACUGGUGACAUGUAGCCUAAUUUGAAGGCAUAGAUCAAUUUAAUUGGCUCUUCAUUUAAUCUGCUUGUUUCUCGAAACAGGCAUGCUCAGAUGCCCAUUUCUUACAAGCUCUGCUUCUUUAUGGGCCCCUCCACAGUAUCUUUCAUUCUUAUUGUUUGCUUACCUUCGACUUUAUUCAAUUUGUUUUUCUGCUGUUCUCUAUAGGAUUGUCAUUGUCAUUGUCAUUGAUAUUGUUUUGGUACUGUGGAAAUAAACUGAACUGA